UUCCCGCCAAACACCAGAAAAACCUUCUAAAUCUGGACGAGAGAGAGCAAAAAAAACCAGAAAAUGGAGAAAUCCGGCGGCGGCGGCGGUUCAGCACCUACUGGGUGCUACAAGUGCGGUCGUCCAGGUCACUGGUCAAGAGAUUGUCCGUCCAAUCCAAGCAGUUCAGACAAAUCUAAUCCUAAUACGACGAAGUAUGCUUCAAAGACCGGAUCUGACGCCGGCGAUGGUUCUGUUGCCGGUGCUGGUGCCGUUGCUGGAGCUUCUGCUUCUAAGCCGAAGAAAGUCCCGAGGUCAAUGCCUAAGCUAACACCGGAUAUCCUUCUCUCUGAUAAAGGACUUGGAUACGUUCUCCGUCAUUUUCCUCGUGGUUUCAAAUAUCGUGGUCGCGGUCAUGAGGUUGCUGAUUUGGGUCACCUACUUGGCUUAUAUGCUGAAUGGCAUGCGGGUUUGCUUCCUUAUUACUCAUUUGAUCAAUUCAUACACAAGGUGGAAAAGCUUGGCGGCUCAAAGAGAGUCAAGUUAUGCACGAAAGGACUACGAGACAGGGUUGCCGAUGGGGUGGAUCCUGCAAAGCUGUAUGAGCCGCAAGUACAAGAACAAGAAAUAAAUCAACAGGAAUUCAAGGACUCAGAACCAACUGAUUAUCCAGAAGAUACAACGCAAAAUCCAAAUCCUAAAGAUGAUCAAGAAAUCAUGCUUAAUGAUAUGUGGGAGAAGGCAAUUGAGGAGCCAUCUCAACCAUCCAAUCAAAAAAUUGUUGCUGCUGAUACAUCUUCUGGAGGGAAUGAUACAGUAAAUCAGGCUCCAGAUAAUGUAGCAAAAAGUUCUGGGGUUAUUAGCAUCUCGGAAGAACAAAGAGCUCGGAUGGAGGCUAAUAAGUUGAAGGCAUUGCAGAGAGCUGCUGCUCGAACUACUCAUAUCAAGUCUACAUAGUUUUUACGUAGAGCUCCAUAGAAGUUCCUAACUUAUUACUAUAUCCUUAUUGUAAAUUGUUUAUGAGGUUUUUUCCCUUUCAUUAAAUGCUGAAAAUUGCCGUUAUCUUGAAUGUUAAUACUCAAGAUAUUGGUCUAAAUUCUAAAUCAUUAUUUUGCUCUUGAUGUUAUGUUAUGUUAUGUUUUGUUAUGCUUUC